AAAAUAAUGUAAUAAGGACUUGCUUAAAAGAGAUUAUUGAUGGAUUUUAAGAAAAUUUAAUCAGAAAAUUAGGAAGACUUUAUGGCCUCUCCAUAAGAAAAUGAUAUAUUUCAUUGGGAAGCUGUGAUUUUUGGGUAUUAUAAUUAAUCGAAUUAUUAUUUUAGACCAGAACAAACACCAUGGGAAGGAGGAUGUUUUGAAUUAAAAUUGGCUUUUACAAAUGAUUAUCCAACUAAACCACCUGAAGUUAGAUUCGCUCCUCCUAUUUAUCAUCCUAAUGUCUAUCCAGAUGGAAGAAUAUGUUUAGAUAUUUUAAAAGAAUAAUGGACUCCAAUUUUGGAUGUUUGGGCAAUUUUAACUUCUAUCAGAUCACUAUUGUGUGAUCCAAACCCAAACUCACCAGCAAACCCAGAAGCUGCAAAAGUAAUAGAAAUUCUGAAUAAUAGUUAUAUAUGUCUGACCGAGCCGAAUAUUAUAGAAGAGUAAAAGAAUAAGUUGAGAAAACCCUAAAUGGAAUUGAGGAAGAAAAAUGAUUAAAUAAUUUAUUAACAC